GCUGUCUCUGGUUUUCCCCUCUCGCUCGCCUUCGUUCCGCUGCUCGCGUCCCUCCGAAACCUCGCGCCGCCGCCGCCGCCCGGAGGACCUGAUCGUGGCUUUGCCGAAUCAACAGACCGUCGAUUAAGCUCGGUACUGGCAGCCAGUAGAAAGAGAGAUCAACCUGGUAAGAUCCCUGAUCAGCCUGGUUUUUCCGCAUUGCUAGAAGCCAAAUCUCUCUACCAUGAGAUACUAUAAUUUCACCCACUCCAGCCACCAACACACCCUGAAGUUAAAUUACACCGAGGACCUGUUCAAAUGCGACGGGUGCAAGGUGGAUGACGUCGGGCUAUGCUACAGCUGCGACGAGUGCAACUUCGACCUUCACUUCGACUGUGCCAUCACAUCCAAGACGAUAUCUCACCCCUUCUUCCCCAAGUUCUCCUUCCAGUUCAUGUUGAGUCCCCCGCCGGGGCUAGACCGCCGCUGCGAUGCAUGCAACACGUCUGUGACUGGCUUUGUCUACCACUGCCAGGCCGAGGGGUUGGACCUCCACCCAUGCUGUGCAAAGCUGUCAAAGGAGUUGGAUAACGGCAAGGAGAAGCUCUACUUGCAUAAGAAGAUGAGUGCGUCUUGCGAUAAGUGUGAGACGAAAGAAAAUAGCUGGAGCUAUAGGUCAUGCUGCAAGGGAUACAAUUUGCAUGUUGCUUGUGUGAGGGAGAUGCUGGUGGAGAGUUGGCGUGAUGAAUAUGUUGCGCUCAGGAAAGGCGGCGGUGGCGACGACAAUGGUACUAGGAGAGGGCUUCCAAUUGGAAUCCCCUCCUUAGAGAAGAAGGUCCAAACACCACAUAAUAGGAGCAAGAGCAAGAAGAAGAAGUGGUGCAAGAUGGCCCGUUUGGCUCUUCAAUUCGUGAUAUCUGUGGCGAUGGGUGACCCGGCAACCUUUAUUGCUAGUGUUUUUGUCUCGCUUAUGUCUGGAGCAUGAUCGGUGAUGACCGGUGAUGUGUUGAUUGGGGGUGGACGAUGAAUUUGCUUUUUAAGGAUACAGAGUCUAUUCCUAUUUCUAAAUAUUCCUUUCAAGGCAAAGCUAAGUAUCAUUAUGGAGGAAGACUAAUAGUUUCGAUUA